UCUUUAGUGGGAGGGAACGAAGUAGUUGGGGAUCGUUAGCAUAAUGAAUGUAUAUUAUUAGUUGUAACGGGUAUUUAAUAUGUUUUUUUUUAACCUUUGAGAGUCGGUUAAUUUAAGCAAUGAUAAUUUCUAGGUAGUUGCAUUUAUCUUCAAUUAAAAAUUGUUUUAAGAAACAGUAAAAUAAUAUUGAUGAUAAACCUAAAUUUCAAUUGGAAAGAAAUAUAGUUUGUGAAAAUGGCUAAAGCAAAGGUUGGUAUAGAUUGGAAAAGGCGAGUAAAGCAAGAGUACAUGAGAUUAAGGCAACUUAAAAGGUACAAAAGAGCCGAUGAUGUUAAAUUGGCUUGGAAUCAAAAUAGAGAGAGAAUGAACGAUUUUCUCAGUGAAGAACAAAAACGAUGGGCUGAAAGUAAGGCAUUUUGGGGUAGCACUCCAGAAUUACCAACCCAUUCAGCUUGCAUGAAAAAAGCUGAAGUUAUAGGAAAUGAAGGUGAUAUUCAAGUGGUUUCAAUAAAAAUUAUGAAUGCUGUAACUCCUAUUCCAACAAUGUACACAUGGGCUCCAAUCCAACAGAACUUUAUGGUGGAAGACGAGACUGUUUUACAUAAUAUACCAUACAUGGGAGAUGAAAUUUUAGAUCAAGAUGGCACUUUUAUCGAAGAAUUAAUCAAAAAUUAUGAUGGAAAAGUCCAUGGUGAUCGAGAGUCAGGCUUCAUAGACGAUGAACUUUUUGUCGAAUUGGUACAUGCUUUAAUGAAUUACCAAGAAAAGGAUAAUAAAACAGACAAAAAGAAGGAUGAAAAAGACAAAGAAAAAGAUAAGAAAGAUAAGUUAGGAGAUGAGACUAAAGAUAAGAAGAAAGAUGAUAUGGAUUUUCCAAAUUUUGUUAUUUUUCAAUCUAUUUCCUCACAAUUCCCCGACAAAGGUGGCCCUGAAGAAUUAAGAGACAAAUAUGUGGAACUGACUGAAAGAACUGAUCCAAAUGCACCUCCAGAAUGUACACCCAACAUUGAUGGGCCUAAUGCUGCUUCCGUACCUAGAGAACAAACUCUGCAUUCAUUCCAUACUUUGUUCUGUAGAAGAUGCUUCAAAUAUGACUGUUUCUUACAUAGACUGCAAGCUUGUCAUCCUGGACCUAACUUACAAAAAAGACGAGGUCCUGAUUUAAAACCUUUCAAUGAACCAUGUGGAGCUGACUGCUGCUUAUUAUUGGAUGUUGUAAAAGAAACGAUGGCUGCCAAAGCUAAACUAGAAGAAGAAUCUGAAAAAGAGAAGGAAAAAGAAGUGAAAGCAAAAGUGUCUAAAACAGCUGGAGAAACCUCUAAUGAAUUAAAAACAAACUGCGUCGGCGCUAAUCCGAGAAAAAUAUGCAAACAACAAAGUGUGGAUUCUGGAAAUGAAGCUAGUUCAGAAGAUAGUAACGAUAGUAAUAAAUACAAAGAUAAUGAUAAUUCAGAUCCCGUUUCCACUACGACAUCGUUCAGUUUGUUAGGAUUGAUGGGAGCUAAUGAUCAUAAAGAAUGGACUGGUUCUGAUGAAAGUCUCUUUAGAGUUCUUCAUAAGGUUUUCCUCAAUAAUUAUUGUGCCAUUGCUCAAAUUAUGCUAACCAAGACCUGCCAACAAGUAUAUCAUUUUGCUCAAAAAGAAUCAGCUGAUAUUUCUUCCGAAGAGCAGAUACGUGAUUAUACUCCUCCUCGUAAAAAGAAGAAAAAGCAUCGCUUGUGGUCAAUGCACUGCCGUAAGAUUCAACUAAAAAAAGACUCUAAUAGUAAUCACGUUUAUAAUUUCACUCCUUGUGAUCAUCCUGGACAAAACUGUGAUCAUAACUGCCCUUGCAUCGGUGCUCAAAACUUUUGCGAGAAAUUCUGUAAUUGCAGUUCAGAUUGUCAAAAUAGAUUCCCUGGUUGUAGAUGCAAGGCACAGUGUAACACCAAACAGUGUCCUUGUUAUUUGGCUGUAAGAGAAUGUGAUCCUGAUCUUUGCCAAACUUGUGGUGCUGAUCAAUUUGACAAUACGAAGAUUACAUGUAAAAAUGUAAGCGUUCAGAGAGGACUACAUAAACAUUUGUUGAUGGCUCCGUCCGAUGUAGCAGGUUGGGGUAUAUUUUUAAAAGACAGUGCGCAGAAAAACGAAUUCAUCUCUGAAUAUUGCGGGGAAAUAAUUUCUCAAGAUGAAGCAGAUAGAAGAGGAAAAGUAUACGAUAAAUACAUGUGCAGUUUUCUUUUUAACUUGAAUAAUGAUUUCGUGGUGGAUGCUACAAGAAAAGGAAAUAAAAUAAGAUUUGCAAACCAUUCGAUCAAUCCAAAUUGUUAUGCCAAAGUGAUGAUGGUUAAUGGUGAUCACAGAAUUGGGAUUUUUGCCAAAAGACCAAUUCAGCCAGGAGAGGAAUUAUUCUUUGAUUACAGAUAUGGACCUACUGAGCAACUGAAGUUUGUAGGAAUAGAAAGAGAAAUGGAAUUCUUAUAACCUUAAAAUUUUAUUUUCUACAAUACUUUUAUUUAGACUGUUUUUUUUUUAUUUCUAGAAACUUCACAUUGAUUUUUUAAUAUGUGUUUUAUAUUUUGUAAGUUUUAGAACUGAAAUAUACACUUUUUUACAAACAAAA